GAGAGUUCCUUGCAGUCUUUACAGCUUUGGGUUCCGUGCCUGCCCACUCUCAUGGGCAGAAAGGCUCUGGGCACUGCCACCCACAGCCUUGCCCAGGCCUGAGCAGCUGUCGAACACUAGAAGAGCACACUGAAUCUCAUCAUGCCCAUCAAGCCUGUUGGGUGGAUAUGUGGGCAGGUGCUGAAGAACUUUUCUGGAAGAAGUACACACAGUCUUGUUGUAAAGGGAAUAUGGGUGUGGGAACACGGGGGGUCAGCCCCUGAGGGUCUGUCUGCUCUCCUCCUCACCUAGGCACUGGACUUGCUGUGUUCCCCUCUAAUCACACAGAGGAUAUUUCUUAAGUUUUUUUUUUUCUUCUUCUAACCUCUUUCUUAGUCGAGGGAAUCCAAAAAGUAAUCAUGGACCUUGUAGAUGAGUUUAAAGAUGAUUUCCCAGCUAUCCUCAGAAUGUCGCAGUCCAAUCAGAAAAGAGAGCCUGUGCAGAAAACAUCCAGAAUCCGAAUGGCGCUGGCGUUAGCUAGGAUCAACCGGGGGACAUUGAUCCGAGGCCUGAGCAGCCUCUCCAGCUCCUCCAAGUCCCUGGCCAGGCUCCUGCAGCCUCAGCUCACAUGCCGAAUUGUGGAGCUGAGAACCCUCGCCCGCCGCCUGCUGCGGGAGGUGAGCCUGCCCCGGCAGCCCCUCUACCACACUCAGACUCGGAACAGUUCUCUGUUUGAGAUCCUUUCCUUUCCGGCAAAGACAGCGCUAACCAGCAUAAUGUACGCCUCCUAUGCAGCCCUCAUUUAUCUGGCAGUCUGUGUUAAUGCUGUGCUGGAGAAGGUGAAGACCAUUUUCCAAGAAGAAGAGUCCUUCAGGGAAACCCGAGAGCAGGAAGAACAUUCUAGAAGAGCCUUUUCCCAGCCCACACUCACAGUACCUGGGUUUUCUGAAAGUGGAAUCAAAGUGAAACCUUACAGGUCGCUGCCGGAGAAGCCAGACCACAUCGCACCUCGCCCUGAGCUUCCUGCCAACAAGCAGAAUAACAAGAUCCAGGUCUUACAUUCGGUGUUCGACCAGGCGGCUGAAAUGGACGAGUGAGCCGGUCUGAGCACAGAUAUCCCUGGGCAGAGCCCAGGGCUUGUCCAUCGAGUGGCACCCUUCACCUGCCAGAACUCCAAAAUGGGUCUGCAUUCACUGGGUGCUCUGCCAUUUACCACGGGAGGCCGAAGAGCGGGAAGAGCGUCAUUCUCUGGUAUUUAUAUAGUAGAGAAAAUAAAGUGAAGUUGAUGCAGAAUA